ACGCCCCACUCCGGUGCGCCAUCGCCAUAGGGACGGCCUCAAACCCCACCCCGGCUGUGGGCGGGCACAGGAGGUCCUGCCUCUGCCGACCGGGAGGUCGGCCGCACAGGCGCAGUCUCUUCUAGUUGUAGACGCGGCUUCUUGGCGCAGCGUGUAAAUAACAGAUGCGGGUGAAAGAACCUUCCCAAGCUUUGCCUGAGAAAGCCAAAAGGAGUAAAAGACCUGCUAUACCUCGUGAUGAAGACUCUUCAGACGACAUUGCUGUAGGUUUCACUUGCCAGCAUGUAAGUCAUGCUAUCAGUGUGAAUCAUGUGAAGAAAGCAAUAGCUGAGAAUGUGUGGUCAGUUUGCUCAGACUGUUUAAAAGAAAGAAGAUUCUGUGAUGGGCAGCCAGUACUUCCCUCUGACAUAUGGUUGUGCCUCAAGUGUGGUUUUCAGGGAUGUGGUAGAAACUCAGAAAGCCAUCAUUCACUGAAGCACUACAAGAGUUUGAGAACAGAAUCUCAUUGUGUUACAAUUAGUCUGAGCACAUGGAUUAUAUGGUGUUAUGAAUGUGAUGAAAAAUUAUCAACACAGUGUAAUAAGAGGGUUUUGGCCCAAACAGUUGAUUUUCUCCAGAAGCAUGUUUCUAAAACACAAACAAGUGCAUUUUCUAGAAUCCUUAAACUUUGUGAGGAAAAAUGUGAAACAGGUGAAAAAAAGAAAGGAAGAAAAGGCAGCAGUGUACCGUCUGUGAAAGGAAUUUCAAAUUUAGGAAAUACUUGCUUCUUUAAUGCAGUCAUGCAGAACUUGGCACAAUCUUACAUUCUUAUGGAACUGAUGAAUGAGAACAAAGAAAAUGGGACAAAACUCAAGAUUUUUCCUUCCCCAGACACUCGGCUGGACCCACUAACAGUGGAACUUUCAAGCCCUGGACCAUUGACCUCAGCCUUGUUGGUGUUUCUUCACAGCAUGAAGGAGACUGAAAAAGGACCACUUUCUCCUAAAGUUCUUUUUAAUCAGCUUUGUCAGAAGGCCCCCCGAUUUAAAAGUUUCCAGCAACAGGACAGUCAGGAGCUUCUGCAUUAUCUGCUGGAUGCAGUGAGGACAGAAGAAACAAAGAGAAUACAAGCUAGCAUUCUAAAAGCAUUUAACAACCCGACUACUAAAACUGCUGAUGAUGAUACUAGAAAAAAAGUCAAAGCAUAUGGAAGAGAAGGUGUGAAAAUGAACUUCAUAGAUCGGAUCUUUAUUGGUGAAUUAACUAGCACAGUCAUGUGUGAAGAAUGUGCAAAUAUCUCCUCAGUGAACGAUCCCUUUAUUGAUAUUUCACUUCCUAUAAUAGAAGAAAGGGUUUCAAAACCAGUACUUUUGGGAAGAAUGAGUAAAUAUAGAAGUUUGCAGGCGACAGAUAAUGAUCAGUACAGUGAGACUGUUACUAUAGAAAAUACUUCUGAACCCAGAGCCACCAAGAGUCAGUCUUCAUCUAAAGAUAAGAAUCAACUAGUUCAUGGCAGAAAAUGUGUAAGAAAAUUGUCAUCUGGAGAAGAUAGAGCAGUCAUUAUAUGCCAGAAAAAUGAGCACCUUGAGAUGAACGGGGAUUCUUCAGCAUUUGCAAGCAUCACAAAUACUGAGUCGGCUCUGACUGAAAGCCCCACCGAUGGCAGUGAGAAAGAGGCCGGCCGUUCUGAAAGUAGUGCUGAUGCAGAUGGCGAGGCUUCAGAAUCCGAAAGUGCUUUUGAGCAGGCUGUGUUGUUGAGGUCUAGCCGUGGAUGCUGUGUGCGCCCGCAUGCCCCCUCUCCCCGGGUGCCAGCAGCUGGCCCACCCACCAGGGAGCCUGGCACUGGUGACAAGGGAGUGGCUGAAGCUAUUUCUGAACUUCAUCUGAGCAGCCCUGUAACUGGAGAUAGACAUUUUGAUAGAGAAAAUAAGCCACCAAGUGUUCCAAAUAGUUUAUGUUCUUCAGAGGAGAAGCAUAUGCUGUCUCCUCACCCCCAAAAUGCUUUUCAGACACUUUCUCAGAGCUAUGUAACUAGUUCUAAAGAAUGCUCACUUCAGUCCUGUCUCUACCAGUUUACAUCUAUGGAAUUACUAAUGGGGAAUAACAAGCUUCUGUGUGAGAAUUGUGCUGAAAAGAAGCAGAGGUACCAAAAGGAAACCGGUUCCCCAGAAAAGAAAGCAGAAGGGGUUUAUACUAAUGCCAGGAAGCAAUUGCUCAUUUCUGCUGUUCCAGCUAUCCUAAUUCUCCAUCUUAAAAGAUUCCAUCAGGCUGGCUUGAGUCUUCGAAAAGUAAACAGACAUGUAGAUUUUCCACUUAUACUUGAUUUAGGACCAUUCUGUUCUGCUACUUGUAAGAAUGUAAAUGUGGGAGAUAAAGUUCUCUAUGGUCUCUAUGGCGUAGUGGAACAUAGUGGCUCAAUGAGGGGAGGUCACUACACGGCUUAUGUGAAAGUGAGAACACCCUCCAGGAAAUUAUUGGAGCAUAUCACUGGAAAGACAUAUGUACCUGGUUUGAAAGAACCUGACAGUGAAUCGACAGGCCAGUGGGUCCAUGUUAGUGACACUUACGUGCAGGUGGUUCCAGAAUCAAGAGCACUUAGUGCACAAGCUUACCUUCUUUUCUAUGAAAGAAUAUUAUAAUUGUCUGUUAAUAAUUAGUGAUAAUGAUGAUUUAGAUCGCUUUUGUUUAACUGCUGCAACAAAAACCAUAAUAUGUAAUGUGCCUUUGUAAUCUUUUCUCUUCUGUAGGAAUAGCAUGUCCCUCAAAUGCCCCUGAAGAUUUUUACCAUUUUGGUGAAUCCUUUUAAAGUAAAUUAAAUUUACUCAAUGCUUUCAAAUUUAUAUUCUUAAAAUAAAUGUAAACACAUGUUUUUAAGGAAUAUUUGUCCUAGAAAAAAAGAAUUUGCAGCAGUAGAGGAAACCCCCCCUUAUAAUGUGGCUUAUUACCAUGAGCAUUCAGAAAUGAUGCUGGCUAAUGAAAUUGUUUCUUAAAACAGGGUUUACCAAAUGUGAGUUGCAUACCACCUUUCUGAUUUUAUAUAUAUAUACAUAAUCCUGUGCCAUUGUUUAAUUAUUUUUAACCUUAGUUUUCAGCCUUACAUUUUUAAACGUAGCCUUGUUUUGAGCAUAUUCCACAUUUUAUGUACUAGUUAUAUUAUUUCUAAUAAACAUUAAAAUAAAUCUAUAACUAUUAGAGAAAAAUUGUUCAUCCAUGUAGCACUCCACUUAAAAUCAUCUCAGGGCUGUCCAGUGGUGUACCUAUACCACUGUGUAAGAAACAUUGGUUUAACAUAUACUUACACAGUGACCUCAUCAUGUUUUGUGUGAUUCAACCAUAUAAAAAGAUACCACUGUAGCUUCAGUAAUAGGGUUCUACAAAUAAUUUAUUGAUUAGCUUAUUGCUUUGAGGUUUUGAGAACUAGAAAAAUAAUGAAAUAUAUCAUUAACAUUAUUUGCAGCCUAUUCAUGGUGGCGUUGAGGAUAAUUUGCAUGUAAUCAGCCAGGGUCAAAAUAUAAUUAUUGAUAAUUGUAAAAUGCAGAAUUGGUAAAUAGAAGUUGUUAAUCCAUAUGGGACCAUUGGAUACUUUUAAUAUAAAUUACCAAAUUAUAUUUGUAAGCGACAGAGAAUUAUAUUCUUAUUAUACUAGACAGGGAAAUAUAAUUUUCUAGUUCUGUAGGUCAGUAAACAUUAAUCGUGGUUUUGGGGUUUGAGAUCACUUUUUUUUGUCAUCAACAAGCAUCAUUAAUAAGUUCAAGUGGGUUUAGCUUGUAUUUUAAUGAGGUGUAAAGUUGGCAUUUCAGAUUUUAAAUAAAUAAUAGCAAAAAUAUGGUAGUUUACAGCCCCCCUUCCAGAAUACAAAUUAUUAAGCUGUCAAAACUUGGCAUGAAAAUAUUACUAUUACUUAGGCUUAAAAUUUAAAAAAAUAAUGGGUACUUGGGUCUGACAUUACUGAAUCAAAACACAUACGUGCAUGGUUCAAGCAUCCUAAUCAUUAGUGCCAACACAUGAUACUACGAGCAGCUAUGGGCUAAGUGCCUAGUUCCCGUUCAUUUUCCUCUUGGGAAGGAAGGAUAAGAAUAGGGCCUGUAGAUAUUGUGUGGAAGUAUUUAACCAAGCCUCUAACCCUUCUUAACAUUUAAGGUUGUAUGACAUUGUCAAGUUUACCAGUGCUGCCUUUUGAUCUGUGGA